AUGAUUCGCCCUUGGGUUGUCUGUCUCCUCCUGUUCCCUUACUUCUGUGCCUGUUCAGACAGCUGGAUGCCCCUCGUAAACCUCGCUCAACGCCUCCUCAAAGACACUAACUCUUCCUUCUCCUCCAACUGCUGGGUCUGCUUGUCCAUCCAAACCCAGCGCUCUCUAGCUGUCCCAGCCCCACUAACGACCUGGGCAGACUCACCCAUGAAGCUUCAUAUUAUGUACUCAGCCCGGACCCUCCCUGGCCCUUAUCCUAUUGCUGAUCUUGAGAGACGCCUCCAGAAUUUCCAGCCAUUAACCGCUCAUUACUCUUUCACCAAUCCUGACCGACGGGCUAUUGCUCUUCUUCAACUCACAAACUUAAUGGGCAUACUUCCGAUACUUUCCCGACUCACCUCUGUGAAAUACACUAAGGAACCCUUCUAUGAAUCUGCCCAGCGCCCCAUUUGGGGACCACUCUCUACCCAGACUGUCCUCACCUCCCAGGCCCCUCUCUGCAUAUCCCGCUUCUUCAAGAAUUCAAAACACGCCACCUUCGUGGGCAAUCUCUCUGCCUCUCUUUGCAACCACACCUUUCGUCUCUCCCCCUCUGCCGACCACCAAACCAUAGAUCUGUCCACCAGCUACGCAUUUGCCAAACUAAUGACCAUGCCAGGCUCUAAAUGGAGAAAUCCCUUACGUUUUUCGGGACCCCCUUCCCUGAACUCAGGAAAGCCUUACCAUCCCUGCCCAGUAGCUGACAUCCAUUGUCACACCUACCCAACCACUCCCUGGAGAUACUGUCCUUCCUUCUCGUCUAGCACCUGCUAUAAUCUUACCCUAUUUGAACCAGGCAACAGAAGUCAUCCCAUCAUUCUGUCCGUGGACACCACAUACUUUAAGAUUAAACUCCAAGGACACAAAGACCCCUACCCACUGUUUCAGUACCAGCCUCUCAUGGGGGCAGCCCUCUCUGGACAAUAUUCAAUCUGGGAGGAUGAACCCACUGUCCAGGAAAACGGGGGUCUCACUCCAAAUAUCUUUUCACAUCUUCUCUCCUUAACCUAUUCUUUUUGCCUCAACUCCUCAGGUGUCUUCUUCCUCUGUGGAAGCUCCACAUAUAUCUGUCUCCCAGCCAACUGGUCGGGUGUCUGCACCCUUGUCUUCCAAUACCCAGACAUUGAACUUCUUCCCAGUAAUCAAACUAUAGCUGUCCCCCUUUUUGCUACAAUUCCCUCCUCUAUCUCCACUUCUCGCCAGAAAAGAGCCUCUCACCUCCUCCCUCUUCUUGUGGGCCUGGGCAUCACGUCUGCGCUCGGGCUAAGCAUCGCUGGUAUCAGCACCUCAACCAUGUAUUUCCAACAGCUCUCAAAGGCUCUCUCAGACAGCCUCGACGAAAUAGCCACCUCCAUUAUCACCCUCCAAGACCAAAUAGACUCGCUGGCAGGGGUUGUCCUCCAGAACCGCAGAGCUCUGGACCUCAUCACAGCGGAGAAAGGGGGAACCUGCCUCUUCCUCCAGGAAGAGUGCUGCUUCUAUGUAAACCAGUCUGGAGUCGUCCGGGAUGCAGCAAAGAAACUUCGAGAAAGAGCAUCGUUGUUCCGCCCAAGCUCCAGUUCUUGGAUCCAGUGGCUGGGGCUGGGACACUGGCUGCCUUCCUGGUUAACUUCCUUCCUGGGACCCAUUUUCUUUAUCCUCGUACUGCUCAUGUUCGGGCCUUGUCUUCUUAAUUGCCUGGCUCGUUCUGUAUCGAAGCGAAUGGGUUCUUUCAUUCGGAACACUACCAAAGGGCAUGUGGACAAGAUCAUCCAGCUUCAGGAUUCCCAGUACAAGAGACUUCCCCAAGAGCCCCCCGAGGGGGAUGCCGUCUAG